AAAAAAAAAAAUGAUCAUGUUCCCCAAAACCCCAUAAUCACCAACUUCUAUUACUUUCUCGCCACUUUCUCGUUCUUCCCUCACUGUCCUCCCAAGGGAAUGGACUGACCAUGUGGUCGCAUGUCUGUCUGAAUUCUUUUGAGCCAUCUUUGACACUGUUUUCUUGGAAUAUUGAGCCAUAAGGGGAAGUACAAAUUAUUGCAGCAUAUAGGAAGACGUAGCAGAUCAUGGCAGACUUGGAAAAUUUGCUACUGGAGGCAGCAGGAAGAACCGGUUUAGCCGGAAGAAACCGGAAACAACUUCCACCAUCUAGAAAGCAUCAUGAGGGUUCAUAUUCUGAUGGUGGAAGUGACUUUAGGGAUGAAGACUUAGAUGAUGAAUGUAAUUAUGCACGCCAGAAGCCCUCUAGGUCUCAAGUUCCAUUGAAGAAGAGGUUUGACCUUUCUGAAAGAGACAAUGAACAUGAAAGCCAUGAAGAAAGGAAUCAUGAUAGUGGUUUUGACCAUGAGGGCAACAUCAGUGAUGAAUCUGAUGUAGGCAGUGAUCUUUACAAGGAUGACAAUGACCGGCAAAGGCUUGCAGAGAUGACUGAACUUGAAAGAGAAAUGAUCUUGUCAGAACGAGCAUCUAAAAAAAAUGAUAAGGUCUUGAAGGAAAAGUUGAGAUCAAAGGGAAACAGUGUGACUUCAGCCCUAUCUAGAAAAGGUACUCCACCUCUUCCUUCAGCUGGCAGAGUCCGUGCAUCUGCUAGGUCUGCUGAGAGGACAGCUGCCAAACAUGAUGCACUGAGUGAGUUGCGAGCAAAACGGUUGAAACAACAGGACUCAGAGGCUUAUCAUAAAUCAAAGGAUGCAUCAAGAGGAAGUUCAGGUAGCCAGGGUAUUUCACCUAUCAAACAGAAAGCCUUCAUUGCAGCAAAUUCCAGCAGUUCCAGCGAGAGUGAGAGUGUUAGUAGAUCUGACAGUGAAGAUGAAGAAUCUACUGGGGAAGGCUUUGUUGACAGUGAUGAGGAUGGGAACAUGCCUGGUUCUGAGGUUCCAACAUUUGAGGAUAUAAAGGAAAUUACCAUUCGGAGGUCAAAUCUUGCGAAAUGGUUUAUGGAACCAUUCUUUGAGGAGUUAAUCGUAGGUUGUUUUGUGAGGAUUGGAAUUGGAAGGUCGAAGGUUGAGUCUAUUUACAGGCUCUGCUUGGUCCAGGGUGUUGAUGCCACAUGCCCUGACCAACAAUACAAACUAGAGGGCAAAAUCACUCAUAAGUAUCUGAAUUGUGUUUGGGGCAGUGAUAGCUCUGCUGCUAGGUGGCAGAUGGCUAUGGUUUCGGAUUCAGCACCACGUGAGGAGGAGUUUAAACAAUGGGUUAGGGAGAUGGAGCGAAGUGGUUGUAGGAUGCCAAGAAAACAGGCUGUGUUGGAAAAGAGGGAGAGCAUUCUAAAACCCUACACAUAUGUUUACUCAGCUGCCACAGUGAAGCAAAUGUUGCAGGAGAAGAAAAGCACCGCAUCACGGCCACUAAACAUUGCAGUUGAGAAGGACCGCUUGAGGAGGCAGUUGGAAGUAGCGGUAAGUAAGCAUGAUGAGGUGGAGGUGGAGAGAAUCAAGACUAAGCUGCAGGAAUUGGAAGCAACCCGGCUACCCCUGGAGAAAGAUGCAAAGGCUAUUAGGCUAUCUGAAAUGAACAGAAAGAACAGGUUUGAGAAUUUCAAAAAUGCGUCAACAAUGAAAUCGGUAAAUGCAAGUUUAAAAGCUGGGGAGGACGGGUAUGAUCCCUUUUCAAGGAGAUGGACGAGGUCGAGGAAUUACUACGAUCCAAAGCCUGGUGAAGACAAUGAGGAUAAAGCAGCAAACAAUCAUACUACUAGUGCUGACAAAAAUGGGACAGGAUCAAAGGUAACGACAGAGGCUGGCAUGGAAACUACAGAAGCAGCCUUAGAAGCUGCAGCUGGUGCAGGGAAAUUGGUUGACACUAGUGCUCCUGUGGAUCAUGGAACAGUGUCAAAUAUAAUGCACAAUUUUGAGCUGCCUAUCUCAUUGGCUACUCUUCAGAGUUUUGGUGGACCCCAGGGUGCUCAACGUGGAUUCUUGGCUAGGAAACAAAAAAUAGAGGCUACUGUUGGAUACCGAGUCCCAGAGAAUGAUGGAAAGAGACAUGCACUGACACUAACCAUUAGUGACUACAAGAGAAGGAGAGGGCUGCUUGAAUGUGAUGAUCAAAGAUGAGUUUUACCUAGUUAUGAUAAUUUUGGUUUGAUAGGCUGUGCUUUUCUUUUAGGGAAAGCUUAAUGUAGGGGGUUCAAUCUGUUAACUUUUUGAUGUCCUAGAACAAAAGUUAGGUCACUUUUAUGGUUUUAGACAUGCUAUGUAUACUGUCUAUGGUUUUUUUAUGUGUAAUUUUGCUCCACAUGGUGUACAAAAUCUAAUUAUCUAGUCUUGAUUGGCAU